AUGGAGAUUCCAUAUUUGGAUGAAUGUGAUCAAAAUGAAAAGGAUCACUCCAUCUCCUUAGGUGGGGCUGUUAAGGAUAUGGAGUCUAGCUCUCUCCAUCUUCUAGUUUUAUGUGGUGCAAAGAGAAUACCAGUGACAAUAGGUUUCCAUCAUGGCAUGAAAUUG